UCCGCGAGCAUCGUGCUCAGCAUCUGACAACUGUCAAAUGGCAAUUGCACUUGUGAACUUGUUAUAACGUUCGCGCGAUUAAGAAAUGGCAGCGGAAAUAAAGCCCGCCCCGGGAGUAAAUCACGAUAAAUUCAGCAGCAGCCGUAAGCCGGUCCUCCUGUCAAAAUUGGAGGGCUGCAGCGACGACGUUAAUGCGGCUAUCAUUAUCCCGCGGGAAGAGGGUGUAAUCAGUGUUUGCGAUGACAGAACAGUUAGAGUAUGGCUGAAGCGAGAUUCUGGUCAUUAUUGGCCGAGUAUUUGUCAAUACAUGCCAGCAGGUGCUACCUCUAUGCACUAUUGCGUAGAAACGAGGCAGUUAUUUGUAGGCCUGGAUAAUGGAAGCAUUAAUGAAUUUAUCUUGGAGCAAGAUUACAAUCGAAUGACAGCUAUGCGCGAUUAUCUAGCGCACCAAGCAAGAAUCACAGGAAUCAUUUUUGCAGCAGAUUUUGAAUGGGUUUUGAGUAUAGGCCGUGAUAAAUUAUUUCAAUUACACAGCUCCGAAACAGGACAAAAAUUGGGAUCGUACCAAACAGACGCGUGGUACACCGCUCUACAAUUUGACGCCCAAUCCAAACACGCUUUCGUAGGAGAUUAUUCUGGUCAAAUAGCCAUGCUAAAGCUGGACAAUAAUGGCGUUACCUUCAUUACUACAUUAAAGGCGCACACGGGAAGUAUCCACACGUUGGCAUGGGACUCGGAGAAACAAUUGUUGUUUUCUGGUAGUUUUGAUCAAAGCAUCAUUGUUUGGGACAUUGGAGGUCGUCAAGGCACCGCUUAUGAACUUCAGGGACACCAUAAUAAAGUAACGGCAUUAUGCUACGCAAGCGUCGAACGCUUGCUCUUGUCCGGAGGCGAGGACGGCGUGAUCGUUUGUUGGAAUAUGGCGUCAAAUAGGAAGGAAACCGCCACUUGGGUCGAAUCCGAUGUCUGUCAGGCUUGUGGAAGACCCUUCUUCUGGAAUAUAAAAGCUAUGAUGGAUCAACGACAGUUGGGAUUGAGGCAGCAUCACUGUCGCUAUUGCGGUCGCGCGUUAUGCGCUCGCUGCACAUCGCAACGAAUACCGAUACCGGCGAUGGGCUUCGAGUUCGAAGUGAGAGUUUGCGAUCAAUGUCACAUACAGCUCAAGUCGGAAAACCAAUCAUCGUUGGCCUCUUUCCAUGAUGCCAAGCAUAGUGUCAUCGGGAUGGAUUUAGAUGCUCCUAGGCGAAGAUUAUUGACUAUCGGCCAAGAUCGCGUUAUUAAGAUUUGGGAUGUGUCCGCGCUCUUUCAGUGAAUUUCUACGUGUAUGUAUGUCGAUAAUUUAAAUUACGUGAUAUGAAUCAAAUCACUGAGAAAUAUCGUCAUACUCGGAAGAAUACUCUGGAACCUAUUUUUGUGAUUAUAUAUGUAAUUAUGCCUGUUUGUGAAGUCGGUGAUCGGUGAUUACGUAAUCCGAGUUGGACCGACAAACUGAUAGAGUAUGAAGCGAUCAUUUGUCAGUUUGUCGGUGAUAACGCUAGAGUCUGCUUAAUCCAUAUCCAUAUUUUCUGUAUGAGAAAUCAGGAAAUAAUUGGAGAGAUAACGAAUAUGACGUAAACCUGUUAAUUCAGUGGCAUUGUCUUUAAACCCGAUGUUGUAUAUUGAUGUAGAAAAGUAUUUACUUCCAGAAGAGCGCUUGCGCGACUGCGCAACGUGAUUACACAAACGUAAAUAGUAUUAUAUAUGUAUAUGCAAGAUACAUGGACUCCCUUUGAAAAACCAGGAUGACGACAUUGUGGUAAUCACGACGCAACACAACACAACACAGAUGUAAUUAACAGUAUUAAAAUAUCUUUCCGAGAGUAUAUAUAUAUAUAUGUAUAAUAUUGAAUUUUUUUUAUAUAACAUAUUUACAUGUUAAUCGAAGAUGGUUUCGAGAUAAAAUCUUUUCGUUAAAUAUUCGAAUAAAACUCUUUAUGCAAUCACCGAUUUUUUUUUCAAAAUUUGCAAGAUUACACGUAUGUUACACAUUGCGAAUCGAGGGGCCCAUAUCUCAAGAUCGUUUUGCAACUUUAUACAUAUACAUCAUAAUCGUCGUAUAUAUUAUACAUUUUGUUACUAUCAGAAUCUUAAAAAUAUCUUUACGUUGUUUAAAUAAAUUUUUGAUUUAAAAAAUAAUCAAGAAAGUACUGAUUGACAACCGACCAGUGAUGUAAGCAUCGAAACUAUUUAAGUAUUAAUGUGUUUUAUCUGAUAUAAGAGUAGAGAGGGAGAAAAUCUUUUAAGAAUUUCCAAUUCAUUUUCUACAUAUUUUACAUCCUUAUACAUUAUUUAAAAAAACUACUAGCAAUUUAAACAUAAAAAUCUUAAACUACUUAUACUAUCUUUGAAUCGACUCAGAGAAGUAGCAAUGCAUCUUGUACCAAGUCCUAAUCUUAUUUAUUAUAUAAUUCAUACAAGAUUGUUUAAUGUUAUUGUAUCGUAUUGUGAGAAAACGCGAAGCAGACAGAGUAUCCACUAGUGCAGUUAAUAAUACUAGUUACUUCUUGACUCGCAUUCAAGUCUCUUCAAGUACAAUAGAUAGAUACAAGCUAUGCAAAGAGUUAAUUCGCC